CCGCGACUGUACCGCGCGCGCGCCUUUAUCUUGCCUCACUAAAUCGUCCUUUUGAGUUUGCCCGAUCGAACCUCCUGUUAUUCAUUGUCGCGAUAAACGUCGCGAAUAUCGAGCAACGCUCGCGUUUCACCCGUGAACGAGCAACCGAAUUUUAGUGUUUGCGCGCGAAUGCUCGCUCGACGAUCAGGGGCUCGUGUGCCCGAUUCCUGAAUUAAUCCCAUCGACCUCUAAUCGAUCGAGGAUCGUCUGCACCGCGUCAUCCGGUAAACGGAUCACGACCGCCAUGUUCUUUAUCCGUGUACGUUUCAUCGACCAGUGAAAAAAGUUUCUUUUUCGUGCGCGUUUUGGUUCUCGAUAAUAAUUUCAUUUGGCACCAAGUUUAUCGAUUUUUCAUCGAUCGGAAGUUAGCUACGGAAUCGAAUUUCAACGUUCUUUCGUGAAUCUUUUGUCUUUUUUUGCAUUCGUGUGUUUUCUCCCGAACGAGUUCGAAAUUUUUUCCGGUAGAACAAGAACAGGUUGAAAAGUACUACGCAAAUGUGUGUUGUGAGAUUCCGUCGAGAUAGACAUGCAUUCAACGAGUGAUGAUCAGUGGUGCUGGUGGCAUCUUGUCAUUGUUUGUGUUUCAUUUCCAAAGUUGUACCUGUCUCGUGCCUCUUCAACAACGGAAUCGCAGUGAGUUCGCUUCGACAAGGAGUAACGAUGAAAGGGUUCAGGGAGGCUGCAGCGGAACGAGAGAAGUUGCAGCGAUCAACCGCUUAAACAUUACAGCGAGGCGAUGAAACACGAAGGCUAGACAGGCGGAUUACCGUGCGAUUAAUGCGCCCUAUGACGCUCGUUUAAUGGCCCAUGCUCGGACCGUGUGAUGAACGCGAACGAGUGCACGAUUUCUCUCAGAGGUUGAAUUAAAUGGACAGGCAGGAAGAACCCAUUUGUACGCCCAUUUGUACCGAUUGUUCGCGACAACGUGCAAGGACACAAGCCGAGAACAUAAACUGUAAAAAACACAUAUCGAACGGUACCCGGCAGGUACUCGGUGCCAUCGCGCCGUUUCUUUCUUCGUCUUUCCACGCUUUUCACAACGUUGUUGGAGAUUCGUUCGCACAGCGAGAAGCGAUCACGGUCGAUUUCUCGCGCAAACUUUGAACCAAUGGUCCGGUUUCUCGCGAUUGCAAGAUCGAGGAAAACGCGAGUCGGCCUGUAAACCGGCUAAAGCGGCAGAGAAUUGUCUCGAAUUACGAUCGAUGCGAAUCCCGAUCGAAGGAUAUAGCGGGCAGAUAUAAUAGCGGUUUUCACGCGCAAAAGAGCUUAAUCCCCGGGAGGCCGAUCGUCGCGCGAUAUUAAAACUUCGGGGGAUCGAAAUUACAGCCACUGUCGAUAAAAGCUUACAAAUAGAUUCGAAAGAAUCGAUAAUGCACGCGUGGAAAUCCUGGCUCGAAGCAAGCCACGUGCACGACGAAUAAUACGAUCCCUCCUCGAAUCCACGUCUUCUCGAUCACCAAGGGGAAAGCACCAGAUAGAUUCGUAAAAUCCUUAUCUACCGAUGCUGUGUUCGCGUCCUCGCGUCGCAUUCUUUCUUCGCCAUUAACGUUGCUUUUACCAACGACGCCACGUCUAACAGCGAAUCGGUGGUCGUCGCGUAUUUCGCAAAUAUUCGUUCGCGCGACCAGUGAAUCCAAAGAGUGGAAGACGAACUGAUUGGAAAUCAGUUAUGAUUCUGGAUGCUAGCUUGCACACGGAACGCAGAUAAACUGGGGCAAAAGGAUGAAAGUGAGAUGGGUGUAUCCGAGUCCUGAUUACAUCGUAUGAUACCACGAUCUCUGCGAGUAACUGUUAAAGAGAUCGAAGUGUGUUCACGUUCGUCGUAGCUGUUGUUCGAGGGGCGAGGAAGGAUCAGCGCAGAGACAGGAAAGAAAGAAGGUCGACAGUAUGAAGGAUCGUCGUGGAAGAUGGCUGUACGCCGUGCUGCCUCUCGUCACGUUCCUCUCGCAUCAAAUAGAGUGCACGGCGAAGAGCGGAGGAUCGGUGGUGGAGCACCAUCCGUCUUCUUACUGGGAGCAACCCUUUAGCCAGCCUUACUUCGACAACACAACGAAGAGAGAUACCACGACGACCGUCGGACAAACCGCUUUCCUGCACUGCAGGGUGCGCAAUCUUGGUGAUCGUGCUGUUUCGUGGAUCAGGAAACGAGAUCUGCACAUUCUCACCGUAGGAAUCUUAACCUACACGAACGACCAGCGUUUCCAGUCGUUACACAGAGACGGAUCUGACGAAUGGACCUUGAGGAUUAGUUCACCGCAAGUUCGCGAUAGCGGAACAUACGAGUGUCAGGUUUCAACCGAAUCGAAAAUCAGCCAAGCUUUUAACUUGAGCGUCGUAGUGUCGAAGGCAAAGAUCAACGGUAACUCGGAGCUGUACAUCAAGAGCGGAAGCGACAUCAAUCUGACCUGCAUAGUAUUGCAGACACCUGAGCCGCCGUCAUUCAUUUAUUGGUACAAGGGUGAUCACGUGGUAAAUUACAGUCAAAGGGGAGGUAUCAACGUAGUCACUGAGAAGCAAACGCGAACGUCGCGUCUCUUAAUAUCAAAGGCGUUACCUGCUGAUUCUGGAAAUUACACAUGUGCCCCGUCUGCGGCCGAGUCAGCCAGUGUUCUAGUCCACGUACUCAAUGGUGGGAGAACAUCCAGCGGCCAUGCAACACGGCAACUCGAGCAACAGCGGCGCGGCAACGAGGACACUCGCGUUGCUCCUGUUGCUUCUGCACGCCGGUUCGUUCGCGAGGUGACUGGUCGAUCACGAAGCCUUCCUCCAAUAAGGACACGAGCAAACAUCGCUUUUCCUUUACGUAAUCGAACAGAGGCAAAAGACGAAGAAGAGAAAAAGGGAAGCGAGCGAGACCGAGGAAAGAAGCGUCGUCUUUACCAGCAGCAACCACCUUCAACCCUUUAUAUAUCACCCUCGAUCUUGCUUUUAACCGAACAGCGACGAGAAAGCAGCCAGGCCAGCGACCAUCAAAGAGACUCCUAACGAACGAAAGCUCCAGUGUAUCGGGCAUCUAGUGACCCAGUGGAACUGACUCCUCGCUGCUUCUGCUCUCCGUGGAUGUAUCGAUCAUUUUAGCUGGUGCAAAUCGUUUCCAUCUGGGGAAUAGUAAAUCUACGGUGUCUCCGAGACCGAUCGCUCGGAAGUGGCCACUUUCCGUUUCUCUUUUGAUAUCCGUAGAUGUUUCGAGUCGAUCACGACGACGCGACGCGAGUGAAACAGUUUUUCAGUGGUGGUACUUUGUCCGAGAAGACGUUGAGUCAGUUCGCUUGUAACGCGGCGCGUACGAACUCGCGGACGUGAUUCUCCUUUCAUUUCGUGCAGCAGGAAGAGGGGAAACGAGUCGAGCGAAAUCUCGAGAAGAGCAGGACUCGACACAUGUAAAUGGCUAUUUAGUAUGAUGCAGUUGGACUCGGUGCGAUCCAAGGAACUCUUAGCGUCAGCGAUAAUCAAGGAUCUGCACGGCUCGUUCUCGUAAUUAACGAGUACAACGAGUAACUGCCAAGUUGGAUCACUGCCACGUUCUUUCGGUAACGUUCCUUGCUAUUGCCGUGUUGCGAAACGAAACGAAACGAAACGGAACAAAACGAAAUGAAACGCGCACGCCCUUUAAAUCGUUCCGCAUUAGCGAACGAUGGCGAAGUUGUGCUUUAAAGAGUGCGACGAACAGCGUCGAGUUUGUCAUUAGAACAAACGCAGAGAGCUCUGUACUCGAACGAUACCCAGAGGAGACGAACUUUUGUUCCAGAACAUCUUCGCGUACCGAUCGAUCCCAGUCUCGUUAGAUUCGUAAUACAAAAGACCUUGUCCGAUGGAGAAUAUUCCCGACUUGUGGAACUUGGAUUAUUAAACCUUCGGAACGCACAUAGAGAUCUUGCUUUGUAUUUUUCUUCGAGACGCGUUGUUACUGUUACGCGAUAGGGUUCUUUCAGUCAAACGCCUUAUCUUUGAUCGGAACCAUUCAGAAAAAUGAACCACGGAACACUGUGUUUUUCUAUUCUUAACAGGUUUAAAGUUUACGACUAAAUAUUUUUUUAAUUAAACCACACGUUUCAUUUCAUGGCGAGGGCGAAAUGAAAUUAGGGGGUGAACGCUCUAACUGUCUCCCUCUCUCUCUCUUUCUCUCUCACACACACACACACACACAUGAUUAAUUGCAACUGGCAAUAUUUCUCGAUGGAGCGUUUUUUGUAAGAAACACGGUCAAAUUCACGAUACUCGAAUUUUUCUAUCGAUAAAUUUCAAUCGAACGUUACUUGCUCGUGAACGACGUAGCGUUAAUUUACAUAUAUAAAUUCUAAGAGGAAAUUUCCGAGUAGAAGCUAAUAAAAUCGUGCAUCUAGGCGUCGGAGUUAACAAAAUGAUCGUUUCCACGAACGCUUGUAACCCAAUAUCCUCGAUUGCCUCUUUAUUGCUGGUAAUGCCGCAUGAUUGCCGGCCUACCUCGUCAAAAAUGACUUAUUUUUGAUCGAGAACGUACACGUACACCGGCAUCUAGAAUUUGCGAGUACACGUUAAUGUUGUCACGACAAAAGACGGUUCCUCAUGAGCGCUACUUGUACCGUGACAAUUCCACAUGCAGCCGCAAUAAUUUUCGCGAUCAAACGGCACGUAGCAGCACCUGGUUUAAUAGUAUCGCCUGACAGUGACAAACGACCAACCUGCGAAAGGAACAGAGAAAUUAAUAGGUGUUGGUGUAUCGGUGUGCCCUGCGUCGCCACGCGUCCCUUCGUUUCGGCUAUCCUUGUGCCACGAACCGGCAACUUUUUCGAACAAUCGAUUCGAGGUAUAAGAAAAUUUGCAACGCUGCAUAAAAGUUGCUCGAUUUUUGCUCGUCCGUCGGGCAAAAAUGGAACGGAUCGCAGUUACAGUCUCGUUUGAAACGUGUCGGAGGAAGAAAGGAAAUUCUUCGGAUUCGUGUCAGUUGACAAAUUGCUGGAUUAUAGCGGUUCGUGCUAUCUAAUGUGCGUGGGAUAAGAAUAUAUCUUCUUUUUAUUAACCCAGAGGUUUUACGGAUUCCCACGAUUUUCUGUUUGUUCCUAUCGGUGAUGGGGGAUCGGAUGAACUGGUGCGACGGCAAUAUUUAUGAUACUUACUUUUGGGGGAAAGCUUGUUAAGUGCAUUAGACUGCAAAUAUUUGUCGAUAGUAACUUGAUUAGCCAGCGCUCGGUAGAAGAGCUGCUACGUUUAGAUUUAUGAGCUAGAUAUGAUUAAAACAGAUAAAAAGAAACCUGUAUUUGACAAACAUUUCGUCGUUAACUAUAAAUUGUCCAAAAUUCAAUUUUAGUAAGAGGAUCAGCAAGAAACAGUUAAACAGGAUUUUUUGUUUUUUCCAGAUUGAUAAACACCGCACGGUAAUUUUUAUGUUUCGCGAGCGUAUAAUAAGAGCAAAAAGUAAUUUUUUUUAAUUCGAUGAAACAGUGUUUGAAUUACGAACGUAUAAAUAGGAUAAUCUAUGUAUGUAACUAAAAUAACAGAUACUUCAAGUGUUUUUUAUAUUUCUCAACUCAAAAGGUUUACAAAUUUAAAAAAAAAAUGCCCAAAAUUAUAUUAUGGAAUUAAAGUAAAUUAAAUUGCACAUUCGUAGAACCCUUCGGAUUUUCUACAUCGCGUUCCUAAAAUUGUUUAUUUUCGAUUAAAACGCUUUGUUUGUAGCUAAAAAAAUGUCGAAUAACGUUAUUCGAACCGUGUUUCGCUUCCAAUUAUUCUCUUUUCUGUUUUCUCAUUUGUAAUUGUUCAUUUCUGGAAGAUUUUUCAUAACAAAGUGAAUUUAAUCGAAAAUUGUUCUACGACUCGCGAAAUUUUUGCUUACGAACAUUUUACAUAAAAUUUCAUAGAAAUGCGGUGGUCGUUUUGCGGGGCGAACAUUUUCGUAGCCGCUUUUGUCCCGUUUACGAUAUACUGGCAUGAAUUUCUGCAUUUUUCGUGUAAUUUUCGUUUCGCGUAAUCUUUCAUUUAUAUUUUCUACAUGGAAAUAUUUGGUUUCCUUGUUUCCAAAACGAUCUAAUGAUCUCUUCUAUGUCGUUUGAAUUACAACGAUACAAUAAGUUUGCAUGCUGCCACCGAUAAUAAAUUAUUUGCAGUUAAUAUUCGCAAACAAACAAAAUAACUUUGUCUUUUUCGUUGUGCGACGUAUAUUUAAUUGCGAAAAGGUUUAUUACAACGUUGAUGAACUUUUUAAUCACUUGCGCGUUAUUUGUACAUAGUGCAAGACAACUGCCGUAUUCAAAGUGCGCUUUGUAACUUUAUUUCGAAGUUAAUUACGCGCUUUUCUUUGUGAAAUAAGUCUGUUGCGUUGAUGUUAAUUAAAAUUGUGUUUUAUUAAAAAGACUCUUUCGGUAAAUUUCUGUCGUAAAUAAGCUUGAAAUUCAUAGCGAAAUCAUGAAAGAAAGAUAUUCCUGUCUAUGUUAUCAUGUGAACGUUUGAAGAAUGAUUAAAAUUAUAGAUCAAAACCUUAUUCCACUUACCUUACGUGACAAGAUAAACGUCGAAUACGACAAUGAUGACAAGAAAAAGCAGGAGUCUAUCUAAUGAGACAAGCAAAAUAACAAUGUGGAUAUGGAAACAAAUGAGAGGGGAGACUAUCGUGCGAGUAAAGGAGAUAGUAUAAAAGACAGCCUGUUGUAACAAGUAGAAUAGGAAACUAUCUGACGGACAAGUAGAACGCGAAUACGCUCGAGGUUAAAGUUAAAAUGAAAUAUUUCCUUAUUACCUCUAAAUUGUAAAUAAAAUUUAUUAUAUAUAUAUAUAUCAAUCGUAUGGCGUAUUAAUUUUGUAUAUAUCAUAUAAUUUAUUAUUUGUAUACAUAUGUCGAUAAAUUUGUUACAUGUACAUAACUCUUUUUCUUAUUUUGAAUCGUCGAACGUUCUGACGAAGAUCGUGCAAACAUUUAUUUCAUAUGCGAUACGCGUGUGCACGGAAACUUUUACAUUCGUUGAUUGACAUUACAUAUCGUGGUGAAACGUAAAUGACGUUCGAUCGACAAAUUCAUGAAACCGAUCCGAAAAGAAGCACGAGUUCCCUAGCAUCGAGAAUAACGUUGUCAGAACAUCAGUUUAGUGUCCAUCGCGCUUGCAACGAUAUGCCAGUAUCGUUGAUAGGAAAGUCGAGAAAUUCGAAAGUACAGCAGCUCGAGCAAAAUUUUACACGGUAAUACGCGCGUAUACCAGUGGUACGAGAGUAUGGGAACGCGUUAUUUCGCUUAUCCUCAACAUGCAUUUUAUCAAGCGUAAACACGAGUCGCGAAUAAUUGGAAACGCUUAUGCUGCUGGAAGUUGUGAACAACGCAACGUGGUCUUCGCGGAUUCUUGGAUAAGAAGCAACAUAUUUCCCAUGCUCCGGGAUCCACCGUGACCCGAAUAUUACGACAAAACCUCACGGCACGGUAUUCCCUUCGAAUACCGGAAGCUAGAGUUGCUGCUUUUCUUUUGGCUUGCGUUCGCUUGAAUUUCCAGCAGACAAAUAUUUAGAACUCCAUCGAAGCGAUGGUUCCCUCAAAGUCCGCCGAUCGACUAGUAGCAAAAUCGACGAAACGCAACGCGCACGAUCAGUUCGUGAGUAGUUUUUCCUAAUUUUACGAAAUCCUCGAGCUUGCACGCGGCUAACGAUACGCACGUCGAGAUGAUCGGUCGAAAUACGUCGAUAUUUUUACAAAUUUCACAAAUUUUAUCAAUAUUCUAUCUGCUUUCGUCGUUCGAUUGCCCGCAACCGCUUCUAUAUAUACGUUCCCUUCAAUAAAAAUAUUUCCAGCGUCCAUUGCAAGCAAUAAUUUGCAUUUUCGAGUAAUUAUAAUUUUGUAACGUAAACCAUCGGUCGUCUUCCAGAUAUCUCCACCGAUUAUUCAAAAGUUUCUCGUAAUUCGUCCACUUUCGUAAUUCCUUGUCGAUAACUAAAAACGUUACGUAUGUAUUUCGAAUCGUAAAACCUGUAUACACUUCCACACGCGGUAUGUUAAAGUAGCGAAACAAAAAUUCCAAUUUUUUUGCAAAAUCUCCGGGCCGAAAAAACAUUUUUCAAAUCACAAUAUAUCAGGAUAGAGACACAAGAGAGAGAGGAGUUUUGGAGGGUGGGGGCGAGUGUUCCUCCGAUAAAUAUUUACUGAGCUGUAAAAUCGCAGUGAAAAGAUAGAAAACAGUUCGAACGUGGACGUCGUGCAUCGUUCGAACAAUCAGAGCUCUGUUACGUUCCGCUUCACCGACGUAAAAUUUAUCCACAGAUCCCUGAAAAAGUAUCCGCGCGAGAAAGAAACGAAUUCCAUUUGUCUGGCACUCGUUCAUUCCAAUAUUCCACAGUUCGAAUCGAGUCGACCGGUUCUCCAUCGAAUCCGAGCCGAAUUCGAGAGAUAUACGAGAGACCAGAGUUACCCAACACACAGUUUACCGUGGCAGACCGUUGAUCUCGGAUCGACACACGAGACCAUCACAUAUCCGUGUACGUAUAAUAGACUAGAUAAGUUCUAGUGCUAGGCACACUGCCGCUCGCCUGCAACGAGUGAUCCGCGCGAGUUUUCGAAUCGUCGCGUUUCCCGACUUCAAGUUUCCCGACGGACCGACUAGUUGGAUUGAAACGAAGUCGUAUUUUACGGGGGGGGGGGGGGGGAGGGAAGACAUCGAAAACGAUAACGACCGCUCGCUACGCCGCGCCACCAUGUCCGCUAUUAAUUUUACAAUGUUCUUGAUGUUACACUCGAUGCGAUUUCGCCAGCGCUAACGCAGCGGACACGAGCAACGGCGGACUUGAAACGCUUUGAAUUGAUCGAAUUCGAAGUAGAGAGCGCUUUGAAAUAUUGCUCGGAAUUAAGAAGACUAGAAAUAUCGAAAGAUUUUCGAUACAUCGUUUAUACAAAUAAGCGUUGGAUCGUACGCCAUUUAUUUUAGACAGUUUGCGUUUUACUUCACUCAUCGAGGAAAAGUAAAAUCACAAGAUGGAUAGCGGAGUACGUUCUUGUAUAUAGUCUACCCUCGCUGCGAAAAUUCGUGCAAACUUUUCAAGUAAAAGCGCUUUUUCGUCCAGACGAAUUUUAAAGAAAAUCUUGCGAGUAUUUCAACUUGCAUAAAUCUAUACUUGGAAAUAUCGAACAAUUCCAAGUAGAUAUCGAUUAAAAUUUCUAAUUUCGAGCAAGAUUCGAAGCUUUUCGAUGUUUUGUAGCACCGCACCGGUUGAAAUUUAUUUCACGAGCAGACCUGAAUCCGAUGCCCAUCGCUAAAGCCGACCGCACAGUAAACUGGUUCAUUGUGUUCAUCUGAGGUCGGGGAAACUCUACUUCAACGUGUUGGCGUACGGCGUACACCGGCACCGGCUCCGCGUCUCUCAGUGAGUUUAUACUGGGACUUCCGCCGCUCGAGCAUCCGGAUUAACGAGUCGAAGGUCCAACUGAUUGAUUCCGAAUACAGGAAUACCGUAUAAAUGCGAAGUCAGUGUGUGAAUGAGUAAUUAUCUGUAAAAUUUGUACACGAGGGUAAUUAAUCGUCAACAUUUUACGGCUCUAUCAUGAAAACUUGAAAAACUGAAUGACGUUGCGCUUUCGAAACUGCAUUAUUUCUUUCUUUCUUAUGCGAAUAGAAACAAAAUGGACAAUUUUGAUUGCUCUUCGAUAUAGCGAUUCGAUCAAGCAUCGAUAAUAACGAUACGAUUUAUUAUUUUUUUUUUUAGUAAACUUUGAUAUUCGAGGUGUGGAAAUAUUAUUCGGAUAUUAUUUGUUCGUCUGAAUCGCCUUCCCGUUUGUGAAAAUAAUCGAUGACCUACAAUACGGAUCGUUGUAUUAGAAUGUCUCAUAAAAUAUCGUGCGAUCGCUUUACUUUUCGUCGCUUUGAAACCUCCUGCGUAAAUAACGCGUAUCGAAGCAUCGUUUGAAAAAAAAACUUUUGUACGCUGAUUACGAUAUUUUUCACCUGUUUAUUCAUCACGGCUUAAUGAACUAAAGUUUUGAAAUGCACGAUAUUCUCUGCGACAUGGUAAUAUCUGUGCGUUUGAAAAUUAUCUGAUUCACCAAGUUAUAUUUACUAUAUGUACUAUACUGGCAGACGGUAUAAUUUUGUAUUUUUCUAAUAAGAUACAUUUAGCGAUAUUAAUUUACCGAUGGCAUAAAUAUUUUCACGAAUUUUUGUGCCAAGAAAUACUAUGCAAUAGUCUCGUCUUUGCGCUCUCAUUCUCUCUCUCUCUCUCUCUCUCUCUCUCUCUCUGUAUCUAUCUCUUUCUCUCCGUAUAACUCGGAUUGUUUGCGUAUGGAUAGGUGAUUUUUCUACGAUAUCAGCUGUUUCUACAAUUCAUGGAAACCGCUGUAAUUUUCAAUCCAUUUUGUUUCUUGUAUAUUCAGUUUCACUAACAUUUUACGUAAACAAUCGAAGCUGUUUGACGUAGUCCGUAAUUGGUAUGGCGAACGCGUAAAGUUACGUGAUCAGCUUGAAUAUUGACGAACGUAAAUACACAAGAUUGAUUGCACGUUGUUGUAUGAAAAAACGAUGAUAAAAUUCACAGCAGAGAGUUUCAAGGAAAGCAGAUAAAAUCUUUCGUUUCUGAUAACUUUGAUUUGUCUAUUUAAUAUGUACAUAUGUAUCGGUAGUGAAUUUGUUACGUGUUAAAUUGUUUAAUCACUGCCAUUAGCUGCCACGUAUAUAUGUACAUGUAUAAAGCACGUUCAGUGUACGAUACUUGAUAGAAGUUCUAAAAGAAGAUAUAUCUCCACAUGCCGACUAAUUACGUUACUUUCGAUUAACAUUUUGUACUAACGUUCAUCCUUUUAGAACAAUAAUAACGCGUCAUCUAAUGUACGAACCUAAUAAAUAAGAAAUGUACGAUAAUUAUCAUCGCAUCAUCGUGAAAAUAUGUUAACUGUUACUAAACACGAAGUUUGUUGCAGAUGUAAAGAAUGUCCAUUCGUAAGACCGUAUGUGUUGUAGCGGGAAUGUAAUAAAAAGUAUGUAUUACGAAAAAGUUUCAUUUCACUGAUUCACCACCAUAAAUCGUUUUAUUUCGUAUACUCAUUCUCCCCUUACGACCUUACCACGCAACCUAGCAUAAUCACCAUAAGUUUUUUUUUUAACGUAGAUGUAUACGUAGUUGUUGGUUGAGCAUCGACAUGACAUUCACAUUCACAUAACGCUGUAAAAAUGUCGAAAACGCAUGCACGAGCACCCCAAAUUUGUACUCUUUCGCUUAAAAGUUCGCUUCAUCGUUCAAAAAACAUUCGUUCGCUUCUCUACUAACAAAAGACGAUUACAAGGAGAGACGUUCGAAGAAUGUACUGUCCAUUGACCAAACUAAUCGUAAGCGAUCAAAUAUUCGUACUGUACUGGGUUAUCACGUUAGAUAACUCUUUAUAAACAAAUGGCAAUUGAUCUCUUAUGUCGAUUAAUGCAACGUGUUUCGAAAGUAUCGCGGGGAAUGGCUAAAGGGUGUCCACUCGACGUUUCGUAGUUUACCUUUUCCUGUUGGGAAAGCGAAAAAUUGACUCGUUAACCCGUUUCAUCGUAACAAGCGACGGAACAUAUGGAAACGAGCAGCAGGAGAAAAGAUAAACGCCCCAAUUUUCUAGCUCUUUUUUUCCUUUCUCUUUUUUUUUCAUUGUUGUUGUUGUUACAGAAACACGAAGCAUCGACGAGAUACAGAUCGUAUCGUGAUGGUUCUGUGCGACCGGCUGCUGCACAAGUGUAUUGUAAAUAUUUAAUCGAAGCGAGGAAACGUUAAGAGAGAGAAGGAUGGUGGAACGUGUGGCGGUUAUGUUACUUGGUUAGUCGAGCGAAUCUGGCUGAGUUUCGGCGAUUCUCGGUAUUCGUUCGGAUUCACCAAACGAACACGGUGGCCGGCGACACGAUAACGCCGCGCUUUUCCAGCCAAAUGGAUUUACGGCCGAAACAUUUUUACUAUCGUCGAUAAAAAUUUACCGCGAUAAAAAUUUACAACGACCAUCGGCGGUUGCGACGUCGACGUCAAAGAGGAAAAUCGGGCUGCGCUGCGCCGAGCCGAGCCGAGCCGAUGCGAUGGAGCUGAUACCUAACUUAACGAUCACGAUUCGAUCCUUUGCUAUUAUGUAGUUCAAAGCCAUUGAAAUAACGCGAGAGGAGCACACGUUUGAUAACGACGUUUCGUACAAAUCACGGCUCGAUAUUUCAAAACCGAAUGAAACGCUGGAAUUAUCGUAGAGACGAAAAAUAUUCUCGGUACUUUCCAUUUUUGUUGAUGAACCUGCAAAGAAAACAUAGCAUGGAUAAAGCUAUCGAAAAAUACAGUUAGAGAUCGAGCAGCCGGAUGUAAAUGUCGAAAGAAGGGUAUAGAAAUUUGUAUACAAAUAAAACGAACCUACAAUAUGUAAAAAUAGCGUAAAUAUUAUUGUCGGAAGAGUAACGUUCUAUCGUUAACAUUCCCAUCAGUUGUAUAUUUCCUGAAAAAAGGAUUUUGCAUUAAGUAGAACCGUAACACCGAUACUAAACUCUUUUGGUAGGAAACUGAUACAUUCCGAUGCUUUUAUGGUAGUAUCAAACACGUAGCUGGUUGGUUUUAUGUACCCAUACGUAAGCCAUGCGAUACAAAAUAAUUCUUUGCACAGCAUUCGAUUCCAGCAUUUUGACAGAAAUAAUACUUAUUGGAAAAGCGACGGAAAAUUAAACGAAUCCGAUCAGAAAUUGCAAUCUUUGUAACAAGAAUAAGCAAUUCGUCACUCUAUUCGUUACCUAUUUCCGAAGAAGUAUGGUAAAUUUUUAACAAGAAUAUUCCAUUAGUAAUAUCUAUUUAGUAUCGACAGGUUUGCUCGGUGACGACGUUCUAUCGUUCGGAAUAAUAUCAAAAGUCGAAGGUCAAUUAUAUCAAACUUGAAACAAGUAUUAUGUAAAACGAAAGAGCGAUCGCUUAUCUAUCGCACUAUUUCUAAUUUUAUGUCUCUGAGUUGAAACUAAUUUAAAGCUAUUUAUGUACGAUAUAUUAGUUCACUCGUUGUUCUACUCUCCUGUCGAUUACAAUUACAGGGAAACCUCCGUAUUCGUUCGUCCCUAUAUUAGUCACAUGUUUUCGGCAACAAAAUGCUUCGACUUUUACUAUCUUCUUUUGUAAAACUAAAAUCGAGAAUCCAUCAAAGAAAAAUGUAUUGUUCUAUUUAAGAAACUAGUGGUGGACUCUUCAUCGAAGUAAAACUCUUCUUGAAAUUCUGAAUAUUGCAAUUUGUAGUCGAUCGAAAACUGAUUAACUUUUAUUCGAAACAUUCCUCUGUCCGAAGUACCUUAAAACCCCUGAAGACUGAUUUUUGUCGCCUGUUUCUCAUUCCACUGUUGCUAGCAUCUUCUCGAGUUCCAACAUUCGAAAGAAAGAAGAUUGUUCGGAAUGUAUCGUUGGUAAUUCCAGGAUACGCCAAAGAAAGAGUAAGAACGAGAAAUGGACAAAAGACGAAACGGAGGACAAGCAAAAGCCCUCGAGUUUACAGUCGCAAAACGCAAUUAGAUCAAGAUAACUAAAAUGACAAAAGGAUUUAAGCUGACGCUAAACGCCGAGCACGGAAGCGGAGAGAGCGUGGGAGCACGUACGAUGAUUAAGUUUGACCAUUAGGGUCAUUUACCAACCCAAUUCCAGGCUGAGUACCAAUUAUUUUCGUUUUCCUUCAUUCUUAUAGAAAUAAUUGAUCGAAUACUCGUCCAAUUCGAUGUUCGUCGAUUCUUCAAGAGCGGAUUAAUGAUAAAUAUCGAGGUAUAAAUAUCAUUGCAAUUACGUACGACUUACAGAUUUAGUUUUUGCAGAAUAAGCAGUGCCAUCGUAACACGAAUACCACAGUAUGCAUAGGUAUAGCAUACCUUUAAUAUUACGUUUACACAGAGAACGCAUGAUCGUUCGCGAUACCAAGUACCAUUUCCAAGCAAAUGGACGUUUUGGAUUUGGAGGAAAAAGUUGGAAAUUAAAACGCAUCGAAGGGCAAAGGGUUGAAAAUGAAAGACGAACGCUGUUCUAAUAUUUCAUCGGAGAUACAAACCGCAUCGCAUCUUGGCGUCCGCCAGAUCGAUAUCUCUGGCAAGUUCCGUAACCGUACACUCGCCAUUUCUUUCGCGUCACUGAAUUCUGUGGUUUUCUUGAAACGGGAUCGAUUCUCCGUGGAAAUUUGUCGCGUAUACAUAUACAAGAGACUAACCCAGGUUGUCCAGUUCAGGCCAUUUCCUCAAGAUCUUGAAGCGUAAAGUUUGCUCGCUAACGGAAAGGCACGCGUUGCUUGGCGCCAUUUGGCGUUUUCCAUGGGUUCGCCUCUCUGUCUAAUCGUAGCAAAGUCUAGCAGUUGGCUGAACGAUAGACUCGAUCUCGGUCAGGUUUCGAAUGAUCGAUCGCGUCGAACAUCGACAGAAAUUAUCCUCUCGCGAAAUGAUCCGUACCUUUAUCCCACUUUAUAUCGUACGGAUUCGAUUAUUCUCAAUUCUCGGUACCUUUUUGGAACGCGGACAUCGUACCUUUUCGACACGGACUCAAGUUAAACUGGUAGCGAGUAAGUUAAAACGAACUUGUAACGUGAUCGAUAAUUGAUUGUCAGAGAAGGAAAAACGUUUGACGUCGCUAAUCGAGAAUGUUACGUCAGCGAGUUCUAUCAGUGUAUAUGUACGUACAUAUCCGAAUUAAAGAUACCAAUUGAUCGUUCACGUAGAAUCCGAUCGUCGUACCAAAAUUCGUAGGCCAAUUAGAAACGACGUAACGUGGGAAUCGUUUCUCGCGACUUUUUCCCCUGUCGAAUAAAAUUCCUCGAGCCUUCGAUUCGUUGUUUCUCGUAAAAACUGCAAACCAAUGUGACGCGACGGUCCAAGUCUAAACUCUAACUCACUGUGGCGUAAUCUCUCUGAGGACAACGGUGCCCCAACACCUGUCUUUUGUCUAUGAAUGUGUAUCGUCAAUGUGAUAUAGCGCAGUCAUUUGCAUCUCUGUUGGUCCCUGGAGUCAGAAUUUAGCCUCACGUCGAUGUCGAUAAACAGUACCAUGGGUACCUGUAUAAGCACGUUUCGGUACACAACGUUACCGUUGUAUCGCCCAUUCACCUGUAUCGCCGAUGAAUACACGCUCGUUCCUCAUACCUGGCGCGUCUACUUAGUGGCACUUAAGCAAAUUCCCUGGUUCUUGCUCGGUGUCGCUAACCAGCCAUGCACCAUCGAUGAGAACAGUUUUGACGUAAGCUCCGGCUUAGCGCAAUAACAUUAGGAUCGAUUUAAUCCUUCCAAGCUGAUGGGAUCCAGUGGAGGCAGUUGCAGCAUGGUAAAUGUUUGCUCGAGCAUGUACUUUUUAAAAUAUUUUAUCGAUUUCGGAAUAGGUGAAUUCGAUGUGCGUUCAGUUUUCUAUGAGAGAAAAUUUAAUGGGGUAGCGUUACGGACCGGCAAGUUAACCAACGAACGGUUAUUCGCCAGAGUAACGACAUAGUUCGAAGAUAGGAGAUUCAACUUGGAUCCUGAGUAAUGUAUUUGCAAGUAAAACACGUAUUACCGCGUGCUGUUGCCGAUUACGUUUAAAAUCGUGCACAGAUAUAAUUAUAACAGAUGGCUGAACGUUUGUUUCUCCGUGAAGGAAACGUUACGUUUGUAACAGAGGCCGAUAGUUUCGGGCAAAACGUUUUUCCUAAAUAAGAAAAAUCACCGGUACUUUAAUUGAAGUCUUAUUGCGAAACAUUGAAUGGAGUCGCGGUUACAGGCUACGUUGGCCAUUAUCAACUUGGGAAUCUUGUCUGCGCAAACGUAACGCUUAAUUCAAAUCUGAUUGCAAUUUAAUCGUGACCCCGAAUCUAAUGUUCUUUUAAUUGAAUCCGCAGUUAACCUCUACUUUAUCACCACACUAAUUUCAACGGUGGUCCUGCCACAAUUCAAACCUCGGUUAAGCUUAGCGUUACGCACCGAUUAGCAUACACGUUGAAUAUUAUAUUCGAGCAGAAACGCGAGCCAGUUUCAUUACCUUCCUACGCUAAAUGCAAAAAGAUCCUCCUGGACGAUGCUAAUUAGUCGCGGCAAGAAGCCUCUAGUACUCUAGUCUGUGCAUUAUUUCACAAGCGCAAAGCGUUUAAAUACUUCAGAGUGCGCAGUGUGAUUGCAUUUCUUGCUCCAGUGUUUGUUUUGAUUAACGAGUACAUAAACCCUGACCUAGGUCUGACCUAACUCGAAAUACGGACCAAGAUAUUUUCAGCAAAAGUUCAGACUUAACAAGCUAACAUUACGGAUAGUAUACGUAAUACUACGACGCCUUCUGCCUAAUCCGAUGUUAGUUGGAAAUGUUUCAAUCUCUUUCUUUAUCAUUCCGAUGCUUCUUACGUUUCUACGAUGAAAGAACUUUCAUCGAAUGCGAAUUAAACGCAACGAAGUGUAAAUUAGUUGACAAAUAUGGAUAGGAUAUUUUGCUAACAUUUCCUACACGUUAGUUGACAUUUUAUUGUAUUUUUGUUAUAAUUUAGACGUCAAUUACAAAGGAUAUUUGACAAAUAGUAGUUAAAAUAUUGCCGCUUUAAAUCGCAAUUAUCAUAUUAAUUUAAGCAUAAUUUCGCUGGUAACUGUGACGCAUAGUAUCUCGUUUAAAUGGACGCUGAAAAUUAACGGAGUUUUCACGUAUAUUAUUUAUCUUUAACUUAACGUUCGUCGUAAUUAGUACGUAAAAGCUAGAUUUUUUAAAAAUUAAAUCUUUCCGUCGUUUUAAAUAAUUUGAUUAAUGAUCGAUUCACCCAUUUUUAUUUUGUUUCAUGGUGCGGUAAAAUCACGAGAGUUCCUGCAACAUACACAUAUUAAUUACUAAUUAUGCAUGCUAAUUGUGUGGGAUAUUUUCUCUUCUUUCUAAUUAAUUAUUUACUUACCUACAUUAAUGCUAUAUGUAUUAUUUUUCAUAAAUAAUCAAUACCGAACCAUAUCUUUCAUUUAUAGCGGAUAUUAAUUAUAAUUCGAAAUACAGGUACAUCGAUCGUUACUCAUAACUAUGUACGCGAUAUGCUCUGAUCCAUUCUUAUUCGACAUGUUUCUAUAUUUCGGAAUAAACAAAGGUAAUUAACAUGAAAAGCUUCGUGAAAAUUUCUAUUUAGGAAUAUUUCCAGGAAAGAUAUUCAAGAAAUGAAUCAUAGUUUAAGAAAACACGUACGAAAGCGAUAUUAAUGAUACGUAUUUAGUUUAGUAAUUAAGACCAGGUACUCCGCACCGUUUCUAAAAAUAUAAAAUUUAUACGCUGAUUUCGAUGGAUGGAAACUGCGGAUAUGGAUCGUGCAUCGCGUCGUUGUAAAGCGUACACUAUACAUGGAGUAUUGCAUAGUGUAGCGUAUAGACGUAGCGUAUAGAGAAACACUGGCAUGCGGUAAAUCCACGACCAAUAUCGACACUUUCUACGUUCUUUGAAAUCUACGUUUUGUCGAAUCACUGAAAACAUUUUUCCGUGAUUCAUUCGGUCGACAGAAUAAUAGAUACGCGACAAAAUAUCGAUUUAAGCCGUAGAAUGACAGAGAUUUUUAAACACGCCACGUAUUUACACUCACGUGCGUUGAAUUAACCUGUGGUCAGCGUGGGUAACCGAAAUUCUACCAGGCGAAUAAAUGUCAUGAUACAGCGUUUCGCGUACUAUGAACGCCACCACAACAGUUGCAUAUGUAGUUACGCGCUCGGCUGUUUUGCAAAUAUAUGGAUAUUGGAAAAAUCAUGUUAAACAGCUUUUAACUUGUUCAAAAGCAGUUCGUUUCGAACGAAAAGGGAAAAUAAAUUUAUACUACGAUGCUAUCGCGAUUAUUACGCUGAAAGGAACAAGAAUUUAGAUUCGAUCUAGUUUCCAGGUAAAAUAGAAAUUAAUCAAAGCGAAAUAAGAAAACUAGAACGACGAUUCUCACUUUCAUUCUGUACUUACAAUUGCUUUAUUAUCUGUAACGGAAGCAAGAGUGCCGUUGAAAUUGACGUUUCUGCACUUUAAAUGAGCAAUUUGUAGAAUAAUUCCAACCGUUGCGUUGGAGGAAACUCAAGCUUCGGUCAUCGUACAGGCGGAGCGUAAUUUUACCGGAGAAUUGAAAAUUUAGUUUGAUGAGUCUUUUCAUUGUUCUCUUGGUACAGCGAGAUGCUUUCAGUCCCUCUAUGCAGAGUUAUAUCGGUUAAUGGAAACGAAUUCCUUGACCUUUCAAAUUCAUGACCAACUUUACCUUGAUUAGAACGCAAAUAAAAGUUAAGAAAUAUUAUUUCUUGUGUAAUUUACUUCGCAUAUUUGACUUUACGAUACUUUAAAGGCAGUCAAUCGUGGAUGUGUAAGAUAAACGCAAAUAGACGGAAAAUAUUUCCGUGCAUUGCAUAACGUUGUGCGUGGACAUUUUUAUCAGUGCCAAUUAGUUUUCGAGCGAUGCGCUUUAAGAGCAAAAACAUGUAAUGCGGUUUCAUCGAACACGCGCGCUAAUUAAACUUUAAAUACAGACCAAUGGUUAAGGUUAAGGUAUUUGCAUCUUUUCCGCUUUGUGCACCGCGGAACUUGGAAGGAAUGCGUCGUUUAAUCUGUUUUUAUCCUUCCGUUCGGAAGGCAGAAUUUAUCGAGAGAAGUUAUUUCGACUUUUGAAUUUAUUUAUUAUUUAACGAAAUACGCUACUUCGUGGAUACUUAAUUUUCUUGUUAAAAAUACGUAUUCGCAGAGAAUAGCGACAUAAAAUUUGUUGCAAUCGUUAUAAGCAGUAUUUAGUUAACAUUAGUAUAAGAAAUAUUUAAUGAGAGUCCGACAAAUUAACGGUAUGAUCGCGUUGAUCUGCUAACUAGGUUAGCACCGCAUUUGUCGGAUUGCUACAUAUUUAAAGAUUCCAUUACGCGUUAUAGAGUACGUGCGCAAUGUUUCACGCUGUAGUUUACUACUGUGCCGUUUCUUAUGUAUUAUAUCGCACAUUUGUAGCUCCAUUUAUUAUUAACAGUCGCAUUUUCGCUACAAUUUUCAGCUUUCAGUGACCUCAACGAUUAUCGUAGCAACGAUAAAACUUAGCGCUUUUACUUUGUACAAAUAUCUCAGGCAACUCCGCUGGUCACGCUAUCUUAUAAAAAUAUUUAAUUCAACAGAAUCCAAAUGAUCGUACUUAUCUAAUAAAUCAACCGUACGCGCGUGAUUUAGAAUUAACGUGCACGAAAAUUUCCCAGGCAUCUUACAAAUGAGCUCGCGAACCGAGGUAUACACUGCUGAAGUAUAUGGAUUUGAAAGCUUUGUAAGGAAAGUUGGAAACUACGGCUAAAUGAAGUGCUUUCGUGGCUCAAGACCAUAACCGGCCGCUUGUAAUUGCCAAGAUAUGAGACGUUGUAUCCGCUGAAAUUACGAAUGCGUUGUUGUUCUUUAACGCUCUUACAUCUCUUCGAUCUACGUUUCUCAUAAAUUUUCUUUUCGGUUGCACAUCGGUCGACAUAUCAUAGGUAAAUGGCGAACGGCGAAUCGUUAAUUUUAUACGGCUAGGUGUAUUUCCAAUUUUUCGUCAAGCAGACGUUCUUUUCUUCACGCCGAGCCGAUACGAUAGAACGAGACCAUUCUACGGGGCAAGAAUCGUUUUCGUUGUCGGUGAGAACUCGAUCGCGAAUGUCGUAUAAAGGCAUUUUCUUUUCUUUCCUCGAGUGUUCUACGUUCUACGUACGUACGAGUGUAUCAGGCGUUCUCAGGAAGCAAACAGUCCCACUCGUGCUUCGAAUUUCCGCCAGUUGGGAUAAAACGACUGUUCACGGUCGCCGUUAACCGUUCGAAAACGUUGUUGGACAGAAUGGAAAAUGGUAGCGAUCAAAGUCGCCGAAAGGGGGCUCAUCCUGCAAGUCCGCGCCGUAUCGCUGAUGAAAGCGGUACUUACGCAGCCAUCGAGAAGUCGGUUUACGAGAGAACGUAAAAGUGGACCAGUCGUAAAAGUGGUGGCGGAUGAAAUCACAAUUGCUUAAUGAAUUUGCGGGGGUGCACGGUGAAUUGGGGUCGGCGCCGCCUAACUGCGCUCGCAUUAACCCAUUGCUCCCCGGAGAGAAAGAGAGGAGACAAGAGAGGCAGUUGAAAGGGGCAAAGGGAGAACAGGGUGAAGGAGAGAAGAGAGGCUAUUACAUCGAAUUCGCCCAGGAAUUUGCAUAUAUAACACGAACAGAGACCCGACUGCGGCAGAGGAGACAGGAGAGGCCGGAUAAGUGGCUGUCUUUGAGUAGCUGAAACCUUAGGAUUAUUCAAUUAAUAUAUUCAUUGAACUACGUUGGCCUCUGCUGAAUUCACCGGCUGCUCCACGGACAGGAAAAAUGGGUCGAACAUCGGUUUAGCGCCAACAUCGGCCGUAAUCCAGCGUAUUACCUGCACCUGAUUGAAAACGACGCGCUUCCUGGCGAAUUGUUAUUAGAUGCAGUAGCGCCACGAUCCCCAUUCCCGUAAUGCGAAAUGUAUUAUUAGUAUUAGCCGAGCGAGGCGUGCACCUACCAUUAAUUGACUAAUUGAAUCGCAUAUUCCAACUUGUCCGUCGGCACCUGUACCAUCCAAAUCGAUAGAAAGAAAAGGAUUUCGUCCGUUUCGGUUAACUAUACCUGUACCUGCAUAAUCCUGCUUAUGGGCCGGAUUAUACGCCAACCGAGAGGUAUUACGUAUCUGGGAAUACCGGAAUUUAUACCAUUUAUUUUUAAUUAGAAACAAAGUUGUAUAGAUGUGCUAUAUAGGAGUAAGCAAAUUUGCGAAAGCGAAUAUUCCGCGAGUCUUUAUUUACCGACACGCUGAAUUCCGCUUUUCGAGUAAUAAGGUUAAACGUAAUUAUUUUUUAAAGGCAUUCUUGGAAAGUUAUAAAGUACGAACAGAGUAUGUAUAAGAGGGCGGAGGAAAAUUUGGGACGAUUUUCUAAUUAUGUAACGCCUGCGAACCUGCUGCUUGUGAUCUCCAAGUAUAGUGUGCAAGGAAUUUGCGGAAAGGAUUUCUCUUCUCUGACAAUGAGAAAAGCGAUCCUCAAAAUUUUAUCUUCCCUUCCAUCGCAAUUUCUCGGAAAUUAUUAUACGUCAAUUACCAUUCACGGUUAGUCUACUUUCCAGAAUCGAUACUUUGAAUUUUUCCUAUUUUGUUUCCAAUUUGUUCGUGCAAUUAUUUUUUUCUGCGAUUAGACGGCAACGCGACGUCGAUUUACAAAUACUUAAUUUUCUGAAUAAUAUUUGCGAUUCGUAGUUUCGAUCAGAUAUAACGUGAUAUUUUGCAGGAGUACAAAUUUAUUGAGAAAUUUAGAUCUUACGAAACAAGAGAAGCUGCGUGUCUCAAAUUGUUACACGAAGAGAAUUUGUAUAAUUUAAAUUUUCCUUGCUUCUCGUACGCUUGCUAAUGACGUUAGGGAAUAAAAUUUCGUUUCGUCGUAGAUGAUAUAUCGCGCUGCAACAUUUGAUCUGUCUAUUAUAUAUUCGAUAUAUUCGACCUAUCCUAGAAGCGAGGAAGGUCUAGGAUAAUGGCAGUUGCGAUUACAGCUAAUUAAUAGUGCCAUAAUUGACUAUUCUCGCAUUAAUAUAUUUGAUCGAUUACAAUUCAGACACAAAUCAUGACAGUUAUAGUCGAAUUACCAAUGAAAUCUUUGAUCGAACACAUCUGAACUAGUGCAGCUGGUGACAACGUUGAAACGUAUCUUCGUUAAAUUAUCAAAUCAUUCCAAAAUAAGUAGUAUUAAUUUCAAUUACUAAUAAAAAACGAGAGAAAGUGUAACAAAGAUAUAACGAUGUUAAAGACUCCUCGAAACAGAGUAAUCGGACGAUGAUAAAUUUAAAGUGCAUUAUUAUGAGAAAAAUUGCAUAUUUCAUCGAAACGAAUCCAUUCGUUACAUUAACUUAUUAAAUAAUGCAAGUUGAAAUAUUUGCGUUUUCUCAAUUAAUAUGUUAACAUUCGAACUGCGAACUCGGCAACAGAAAUUGCAGAAGUUGCACGGUAUAAACAGUUAUAAUGCACGUCAAACCUCACACUCGUCUCUCUCCUUUACCCACUGAAAUGAAAUUUAAUGCUCUCCGAGGAAUAUCGUAAUCAGACAGUAUGUAUGCGGUUGAAUCGUGAAUGUUGUACAGCCUGCUAGCAUACGAAUUUACGUAUGAUGGAUUUAUUAAUCGACAUUUUUCAUGGAGAUGCCAAGAUGGUUUAAACACAUUUCGCUUUACGCCGAAAUGAAAUAUUAAAGUUCAGCGUGAAAAAAACAUUUGAUAAAUCUCAGUGAAAUUUUGGUUGAAAUUAUAUAAAACCUGCAACAUUCUGUUACGACGAAAUUAUUAUAUUGAAAUUGUUGAUGUAACUAUUUGCUGCGCAGCUUGAAACAAAAUUAAUUCGUUAACACGCGUUUUGAGAAGGAUGAUACUUUAUUAAAUAGCCGAGUAAUUCAAUUUAAAUUUAAUCCCGUUAAAAGUGUUUAAAGUAACUCAAACUCCGCGACAAAGAUUUAAGAAAUAUAAUAUCCGUUAGACGAACACUUGAAACGAUAUGCAAAUUUAUUUAAGUCUAUAAAGGAUGGUAAAUGUGGAUGGUUAAACGCAAAUACGUUUCCAUCGUUUAGUAUGGUAAAUAAAAUUGUAUCUUAUAAAUUCUCCAUAUUACACAUAUUUUUAGAUCAUAUUCAAGUAUAUCGUGAUAUUCUAAUUAAGGGCAGAUCACUUUUUUACUAGUUUGGGGAAACUCCUCGCAAUUGCAUUUGCAAUUACUUUUUCCUCGUUUGUCAAGUGUUUCGUUCAAGAACGACAAACGAUAGAGGCAGUUAACGUAACAAACCAAUUAAAAAAAAAAAAAUAGUAAAAGACGCGUAUUGGGCCAUCGUUGCGCAAAAUUAAAAUAUAGGAAUAAAGAGAGGUGUCUCGUGCAGGCCUAUGCGAACCAUAAAAAUACUGGGAAAAACAACGAACCUUAGGCAGCGUUUUAUUUCAGACCUGAAUUUCUCGUUUCUUAAAUUUUCCGCUUAGUGUUUUGUGUUAUCUGUGUCCACUAAUUGUAUACAUACGCGUUUCGAAAUUGUAAUCACGUUUUCGCAUUCUCCAUUUCGUAAUUCGUACGAUAAUUUCUAAAUAGCUCGGUUCUUGGAUGUGGCUUUUGCAAUGGUGCGAUCAACUUGCGAUGGAAAUAAAUUCGUUCGUUAAGUUACGUACUCAUUUAUGCGUUUAAUGUCUAUUUGAAUUAAUAUGGAUAUCGACAGGUGAGAUGUUUAAAUCGAUUAAUCGAUAAUAUUCAUUCCACCCAGUUAAUUCGAAUUUCCAUCGUGGCACUGAUUGCUUUUUGGAACGAUUUGGCUGAAUUUUAAUUAUAAUUGAGAAAUAAUUAUUAUACUAUCCUAUAGUUCUGGAAUUAUUUUGCAUUCGCAUUUGCAGGCGAUCGCGUUUCCAUCGCAAAAGAUUAAGAUCGAUCGUGCCAAAUAUCGUGCAUUUUAUAUUGUGACGUGAGUUAAUUUGGAAACUUCGCAACCGAUUUCUAAACAAAGCAAUAACUUACGUACCUUAACUUUGGCAAUAAAGUCAGCUUAACCCGCCGAGAUGCGGCAUUAACUGUAAGCACUGCAUUACGUAUCAAAAGAUGCGUCAUCAGUACUCAUCAGGGCUAAGCACAGAUUCGCGCAUCAAGGACACAAGUGUGUUUUAAGCGUUAAAACGACACGUCGUUAUAGCGAGCUUGCCGCAACGCGCUAACGACUAAUUCCUGCUCAUUGUGAAAUAGCAUAGCGAUUCGUAGCAAAUAAUUACAGCAUCGUGAUUUAGAGAAAGCGAGGACGAAGGAAUUCGUGCGACGUGAUAAUAAAGUAGAUGAAGUAGUUUAUACUAGUCGAUAGCGAGUGGUGAUUGUUUCGAAGAAUGUACGCGUAUGUUACUAUAAAUGAAAUUGUAAAAGUAACGCAAGUAACGAGAUAGUUAAUUAUAAAACGUAUUAAAUAACGAUGAUAAAAAUAUCAAUAUCGUUAAUUAAUUAAAAUUUAAUUAAAAACACCGUAUACGCAUCUACGUAUGAAUUGCGCAUAUGUACGUAUAUCGCAACGAACGAAGAUGAACGAGGAAGUCGCAUAUUAUAAUUAACCCUCGUGUCUGCGUCAAUUAUUUCGUUCCUCUAGAAAAUACGAUUUACGUUGAUCUCUUUGGCAUAAAAUUUUCUAGUUCAACGUAUCGAAUAUCCACGAGAUAAUAACAUUUAUUCAUCCAGAGUCAAAAUUUAAAGCGGUGAACGCACGAUGUUUGCAACAUCGAUAAAAACCAUUCGAUUUAUCGGCGUUGUUUCGCGAACAAUAUCUUUUUUAUGAUACAUUCGCAAAUACACCAGAGGAAAAUUAAUAUACGAAUAUUAGUCCGCUUCGUCGUUCAAUCAGAAUUCGUGUCACAUGUAGUAAUUAAGAAAGUUUUAAUCGUUAUAUACAUAUUUUACACGAUACCUUGAUAAAUCAUUCAUUUCGUUAAAUCUCAUGCGUAUUCGGGACCAUAUUUGACUUUAAUCCACGAUGAUAGACGUUAAAAUGUCCAUCGUUUAUCCAAUAUCGUUUUAUCUAGAUUAAAAUCAAGGCAAUUCGUUUAAAGUAGUUCGGUAGUCGAUUUUCAUUUAAUUCUUUUAUUUCUCUCUCUUUUUUUUUUUU